AUGGCGGCCAUGGACGACUCAGCCACAGGCGUGUCGAAGAGGAGAAAAUUCAGAGCUUCUUCAUCUCCGCACAAGCAACGCUUCUCACACUCAGAGGCGCCAUUGCCGCCAAGUCCACCAAUGCUUCAUCUCCGCCACUCUCGUUCUCCUCAGCUCCUGAAUUCCUCCGAUUCUUGGUCGAGCUUUUGCUCUGAUCACUCUCCUCCUUCCUCUUGCUGUUCCAGCAAUGAGCUCAACGACGUCGUCGUCGCCCACAGCUCGCCGCUCCUAGAUCUGGAGGCCAAGAGUUUCGAAACCGUCCACCCCAACUCUCCUUCGGCCGACAAUAAAUUCAGCAGAGAAACGACGCCGUCCAGCGAGCUGUGCUUAGGCUCCGACGAAAUGGAAUCGCAGGCGCCGGCAGUGUAUCUCCGACGGAGACAACUCCCGGUGAGCAAAGCUCCUCCGAGUGAUGAGAUCGAAGAGUUCUUUGCCAUGGCCGAGAAGUACGAGCAAAAGCGCUUUGCAGAGAAGUACAACUAUGACAUCGUCAAGGAUGUGCCUUUGGAGGGCCGUUACCAGUGGGUUCGUUUGAAGCCAUAA